GCAGCCGGCGCUCGCCCCUUCCUUUCCGUAGCCCCGGGGGGCUCCCGGGGGCGGGGCCGCGCUCCCGGCGGCGCCGGGCUGUAAUUUGUCGUUAUAUUUAGCGGGCGGCGCCGGGCCGGGCCGCGGGAGGGCGGCGACGGGGCUAUAAGCGGCCCUGGGCGCCCACCCUCGAAGUGGGAGCCCGAGCGAGGAGGAGACGGCGCUGGAACCCAUGGACACGUCGUACCCCCGCGAGGACCCCCGGGCCCCGACGCCCCGCAAGGACGGCGCCGCCCACACGGCCCUCACUGUGGGGGCGCCGCGACCCCCACCUCGAGACCACCUGAUCUGGUCGGUGUUCAGCACCCUCUACCUGAACCUGUGCUGCCUCGGCUUCCUGGCGCUGGCCUACUCCAUCAAGGCCCGAGACCAGAAGGUGGCUGGAGACCUGGAGGCAGCCCGGCGUUUUGGCUCCAAGGCCAAGUGCUACAACAUCCUGGCCACGAUGUGGGCGUUGGUACCGCCUCUCCUGCUCCUGGCGCUGGUGGUGACCGGUGCCCUGCACCUGUCCCGGCUGGCCAAGGACUCUGCUGCCUUCUUUAGCACCAAGUUCGACGACUCGGACUAUGACUGACAGGCUGGGCCUUGUCCUCCUGCUGACCCACGGAUCCUGACACCAGGACCACCCCCCCAGGGGCUCCACCAUGACCCCCUGGAAACCUGACUCCGCCACAGGGCCUGAUGCCCACUCCUCCCACCCCAGCCUGGGCACCUAAUGCUGACCCUGAAGAGCCCUCAUUUGGACCCCAGUGGCCUCACUCUAACCCCAGUGGUCCCCACCCCCCUGACUCCUUGCCCCCAGGCCGGAACCUCCUGCCCCACUCACCAGACUCAGCCUGGAUUUCACCAUUAAAGCGCCUGGUUCUGGA